AGUUUCUAUUUCCCCGAGCUCGCCCCGAUCUCCGGCACAGGCAGCAUGGCAUCACCCAUCUCGCAGAAGUUGGAGGAGAAGCUGGUGUGCUCCAUCUGCCUGGAGCUGUUCCGGGUGCCCGUCACCUUGCCCUGCGGCCACAACUUCUGCAAGCGCUGCAUCAGCGACCACUGGGACAAGCAAAAGCAGGGGACCGCCCCGAGCUACACCUGCCCCGAGUGCCGCAGGGGUUUCGGGCGGUGCCCGGAGCUGGAGAAGAAUGUCAUCCUGGACAGCGUGGUGGAGCUGGCACGGGACGGUGACCCGCGGGGCUCGGCCACGGGCCGCUGCGAGGUGGCCCCCGGCGAGCUGUGCCGGCAGCACGGGCGCCCGCUGGAGCUGUACUGCGAGGACGAGCGGCGCUGCAUCUGCUGCAUCUGCACCGUCCGGGAGUGCCAGCGCCACCGGCGGGUGCUCUUCGAGGAGGAACGGGCCAAAAAACAGACCUUUUUGAAAGAAUCCCUGGAAAAAGCCCAGGAGGAAUCAGAGAAGAUUGAGCUGGCAAUGAAGGAGCUGGAGCUGCAAACACUGAGCAUCAAGGACUGCUCUGCGCUCAAAACUGGGAUUCAGAGCAAAUUCACCCACCUGAGGACAGCUCUGGAGGAUCUCCAGCGUCAGACAGUGGCCAGGAUUGAGCAAGAGCAGGGGGCAGCACUGGAGCGUGUGGAAAAGAACUGGAACCUGUGUAAGGAUCGCCUGGAUGUCCUUGACAAGCACAGGGAGAGGGCUCAGAGCCUGCUGGCCUGCCCUGACCACAGGACCUUCCUCCAGGUACCACUCUGGCACUGUAUCCUUGUGUUUGCUUGCACCCUUUUGAUGACAGCAGAAUCGUAUUCAACCCAUUCCCACUGGGAAUGCAUCCUCAUUUUGGCUCAGGGAUGUGAUGGGGCUAUGGGGAAGAGCUGUUUUUGGGGUCCCUGUAAAGUUGUGUGGGCAAUGCUGGGAUGCCCCUGUUGCCCACUGAGGAGACAUGGGGAGUGCAAAUGGGUUUGCACAGUCCUCCCCAGACUGAUGCAUGGUGUCUUUGUGUCUGUCUGCAGGAGUUCCCCCUGCUCCCACCCCUGGAGAGCCCAGAGGCACUGGUGCCUGUGCUCAGUGCAUCCCCAGAAGCUGGCAGUGAAGGCUGUGGCCCCUCUCCCCAUGUGCCAGCUCCGAGCUGAGCUUCUGAAGGACCACCGCAACCUGACCUUCGAUCCCGAGACAGCCAACAAGUACCUGGAGCUGUCGAGAGGAGCCCGGAAAGCCAAGCACGGUCAUGGUGCUGUCCGUGGGCAGGAGCAGGGCCCUCGCUUCCAGCCCUGGCAGGUGCUGUGCACACAGAGCUACGGCCCUGGCCACCACUACUGGGAGGUGAAGAUCUCCAGCCACUCCAUCAUCCUGGGGGUCACCUACCGGGGACUCCCCCGGAAGCAGCAGCAGGGUCACAGGUUCAACAUUGGGCUGGAUGGGGGCUCGUGGGGGCUGCAGGUGCGGGAGGAUUGUUACCUGGCCUGGCACAAGGGCCAGGCUGAGAAAAUCCAGGAGCAGCUCUAUAAGAACCUGGGGGUCAGCCUGGAUUAUGGCAAGGGGCUGCUCUCCUUCUACGGCCUCGGGGAGAGGACAAAGCUCAUCCACUCCUUCCAUGGGGUCUUCACUGAGCCCCUGUACCCUGUGUUCUGGCUGUGUGAGGGGAGAGUGGAGGACGGGUACCCUGGGCUUGAUGCUGUGUGUCAGCGCCCCGAGGACGCAGCAGCCGCCCGGGCACGGCGGGAAGCGGAGCCCCGGCUGCGGUCGGGGGGAGGCGGAGCGGGCGGGCGGGGCGCGGCUGCCGCCCGCCUCCGCCGGGGCUGGGACCGGGGCCGGGGCCGGUCGGGGCGUUUAGGGAUGGAUGCUGCGCCCGGGAGCGCCCCGCCGUCCUCCGGCGCGGCGUUGCGGCUGGCGCUGGCGGCUCCGGGGCUGCCCGAGGGUCCCCUGGGCUGCCCCAUCUGCCUGGACGUGCUGCGGGACCCGGUGACGGUGCCGUGCGGACACAACUUCUGCCAGGGCUGCUUGCAGGCGCUCCGCCAGCGGCCAGGCCCCCCCGACGGCGGCGGGGCGGGCGGGGCCGCCCGCUGCCCGCUGUGCCAGGAGCCCGUCCCCGCGGGCCUGCGGCUCUGCAAGAACCGCGCCCUGUGCGAGCUCCUGCCGCUGCUGGCGGCCGCCACCGGCGGCUCGUCCCCGUCGUCCCCGGCCGCCGCGUCCCCGAUGGCCCCGGGAGCCGAAGAGGAGGAUGCUGCGGGGGAGGAAGGAGCGGUGGUGCUGUGCGAUGUGUGCCCGCCCGGGUCCCGCGUGGCGGCGGAGCGGUCGUGCCUGGUGUGCCUGGCGUCCUUCUGCGGGGCGCACCUGGAGCCGCACCGGCGCGCCCCGGCUUUCCGAGCACACCGGCUGGUGGCCCCGCUGCGCCGGCUGGAGGAGGGGCUGUGCCCCCGCCACCUGCAGCCCCUGGACGGCUUCUGCCGCACGGAGCAGAGCUGUGUCUGCUCCCGCUGCCGAGCCCACGAGCAUCGCGCCCACGACGUGGUGCCCCUCGAGCAGGAGCGAGAGCACAAGCAGGCCCAACAAGCCAAAUUCCUCAGCGAUGUGGAGAAUGAGCUGGAGGAGCUGGCAGUCACCAUCACCCAAGCCAAGAAGAUGGUGGAGCUCAUUAAGGGUGCUGCCUCCAAGGAGAGGGAAAGGGUCGAGAAGCUCUUUGCAGAGGCCUCUGAGGUGCUGGCGACCUUCCAGAAGGAGGUGAUGGGAUUCAUCGAGGAUGGGGAGCGCUCCAUGCUGGGGGAGGCUGAGGCUGAUCUCCGCUGGAAGGAGGAGAGACGAGCCAAGCUGGCACAGUGCAAGCAAAACCUGGAGAAUGUCCCCAGCACUGACACCAUCUACUUCCUCCAGGAAUUUCAGGCCUUGAAAGUAGCCAUGGAAGAAAACCUCCCUCCACCUUUGAGUUUCCAGAAAGAGCUGAACUUCACCAAGUGCACCCAAGCCGUGGGCACCAUGAAGGAUGUGCUGUCCACUGCCUGCAAAAACCAGUGGAACCACUUGCAGGGGAAAGGAAUUGAUGGAUUUAAUUGCCAGGAGAUGGAGGAAGCAUUGGCUGAAUCCCGAUUUCCAGACAAGUCAAACAAUCCUGCCUGCCUGGAGAGCCGUGAUUAUUUCCUGAAAUUUGCGUUCAUCAUCGACCUGGACAGCGACACAGCCGACAAGUUCAUCCAGCUGUUCGGCACCAAGGGGGCCAAGCGGGUGCUGUGCCCCAUCCCCUACCCAGAGAGCCCCACCCGCUUCAUCAACUGCGAGCAGGUGCUGGGUCUGAACCUCAUGAACAGGGGCAACUACUACUGGGAGGUGGAGCUGAUCGACGGCUGGGUGAGCAUCGGGGUCAUCGCCGAGGACUUCGACCCGCGGGAAGCUUACAACCACGGGCGGCUGGGCAGGAACGACAGGUCCUGCUGCCUGCAGUGGAACGGCCAGAACUACGUGGCCUGGUUUGGUGGCUUCGAGUGCACCAUCCAGCAGCCCUUCUUCCAAACCAUUGGUGUCUUCCUGGAGUAUUCCGAAAAGGCUUUAACCUUCUACGGAGUCAAGGACUCCAAGAUGACCUGCCUGCAGCAGCUCAAGGUCUCUCCUUCUGCCAAGGGGAAGCUUGACCCGUUCCAGAACAAGAUCAACCGCCAGUUUGCCUCUCUUUUCUCGUGCAAGCUGAAGCCAGCCUUCUUCCUGGAGAGUGUGGAUGCCCACCUGCAGAUCGGGCCGCUGAAGAGGGAUUGUGUGUCGGUGCUGAAGCGCCGGUGACUGCCCAGGGAGAGGGGCACGGACAGACCCACAAAAGUCUCUCCUGGAGAUUAGUGCCACCUCUCUUUGGUAGCCCUGUCUGUGUCUGUGGCAGCCCUCCCUCCUCUCUGCACUGUUGGGGACCCAGGGCUGGAUGAAGCCUCCUGUUGGGCCGGGCUGGGGGCCAGGAUGGGGCUGGAUCCGAGUGCCAGCUCUGCCACUGAGGGAACUUGGGCGAGUCCCUGUGCUGCUCCCUGCCCCUCAGCUUCCCUUUCUGGACAUCAGGGACUGCAACAACCUUUCUUGGUAAAGUGUGCUGCUCAGAAGUGCCACAUGGAUUUGGAACUGUGCCUUGGCCACCUGCCCAGUCCCUCUCCUUCACCUCUGCUCACUCUGCCCCAGCAGCUUGUGCAGAUGCUUUGUGCCUUAUCUCAGGCUUUAUUGCUGAUGCUUUUUAAAGUGCCGCCUCAUCAAUACCUUCUGCAUGUUCCUCAUGAAGUGCCUUUGAUGGAGCAAGCCCUGUGUGGACCAGGUGAACCCCCAAGGCAGAUGUGGUCACUUCUCUGGUGCCACAUCACCAGUGUGCCCUGGCAUGGGAGAGAUGGUGCUCCAGGGAAAGGGAUGUGGAGGAGCCUGCCUGGGUGCUGGGGUGAUGCUGGGGUGAUGCAGCACCUCUCCUUGCAGGCCUACCCACCCUUGAGUGCUGCAAAUGUGAAGCAAGGAUCUCUGCCCAGCUGGGAAAGGGAGAAACCUCCUGCAGCACCACUGUUCCCACCUGGAGAUGGGGAAGAGAACAGCACAAAACAAGUUUUGAAGAUGUGCUUUAAGGAAAUACAUUCUUUGGUAACUCUUAGCAAAGCUUUACUGCCAAAUUUUCCCCCAUAUUUUUGAUGACACUGCUGUUCUGGGGGAUUUUAGUACUGUUAAACCACCAACUCUUCAAGAACCCUGGGCACACUUGAGCUGAAAAUCUGCCUUUUAGCUUA